AUGCUGCGAAAUAAGACCCCUGUCCUUCCUCUGCAAAGCUUUACCGCCAGGAUUUUAGGCGGCGCCAAAUUGAUUGAGAGAGUAAAUCAGAUUUCGCUGGUUUCUGGGGCCAAAGCUCUCUCUCAAACUGACAUCUGGUUGAAUGAAGCACUCGCUAACAAGAAUUACAGGCUACGAAACAACAAGGUUUUCAAUAGAAAUGAAGACCAAAUCAAAGGCAGGGCAGAGCUCUUUUUGAAUGUAGUUCUGGGAACCCUCAGAGAGUUGCGUUUGACGAAGAAAGUCGAACUGUACUAUAUUCUGCUCAACCGGCUGCAGUCAAGCCGAAUUUCAUGGGUUUCGAAGUCUGGUAGCUAUAUCGUUGGGCAAACUCCUGUUGAGCUAUAUCGCGAACUAUCCUACAUGCUACGAUCUCAAUGCACAAAUAAUGACGAACGAGCCGAUAUGAUGUGCCUGACCAAAUUCACUUUGCAGCUUCUCAAGAGCUAUGUGGCGAUAUUCAAAAUUAGAGACAAUCUGGUGCCAGAUACUAUUUUUUUGCGGAACUGCGCUGAGAUAGUUGGCCGCGCAGGCUCAAUUCAUUAUUUGCAUAAAUUUGUCGAGCUUGUUGAUGAUCCGGGCUUAGAGGCUCAUGCAUAUAUUUCGUUCUAUCUCCAUACUGGUCAAACCGCGCAUUUAGUCACAUUUCUUCGAUCAAGCCCUCUGUUGGAAACGCAAUUGGAGCCAAACUCAUUAACUCAACUUCUUCAUCAAUGUGUCCACAGACUUGUGUGUCUCGGCUUGGAAGAUGACGCCCAAACAACGUUCGAGUUACUUAUGAAGCAAGCGCCCUCAAUUACUCCUCAGUCACUCUCGUCUAUCAAAUUUGUUACUGAGAAGUAUGGGGCGUUCAAAGUCCAGCUCGCACUUAGCAAAAAUAUCGAAGAUGCAGAUUACGACGUUCCCAUACCAUGGAAAACAUUCCAGAAGGACCUCACUUUUGGUGCCUAUAUUGGUUUGCUAGAUGAGUCUGGCGUUGAUUUUUUUAAUGAAUCGCAGGCGAUGGAUUUUUUGUUGACCAAGCUUCCAACUCAUGACAUGUCUGUAGAGCAAUGGGGCGAUUACUUUGAGGAAACUAGCCCGCGUAGAGAUGCGUCUGCCUCUUUGAAGGCAUUCCACCUCAAUAUCAUUUUAACCCACGUUGCAGCACAUAAGUCUUUAGGAUUUGUGAUCUUGAUUUGGCGUCACUUAAUUGUUGAGCUCCGCUUGCUAAGAGAGUUUGUGGAUUCACACUACCUCUGCUCAUCUAAGAAUCAAAAUGGGUUUCACGUAUUGUUACGCGCUGUUGGUAAUUCAUCAGCAGCCAAGCUCGCAGGUUAUGAAUUAUUCAAAUAUCUUAAAGCAGAAUCUACCGAUUCUAUCACUAACUCAGGAUCAUAUUUUGAGUUGACUAAUAAAGAUUAUGUUUACUUGAUGCGCUCAACACUUUGGGGGCCCGAGCGUAAGGCAAUUCAUCUUUAUCUUUACCACUUUUUCUUGAAUUUAGGUGAAACCUGCAUCAUAACAGAUGGUAGAGGGCGCCGAUCCUGGCAAUUACCUCCUUCCGUUGCAAAAUUACUGAUGAGCCCUUACCUCGAACAUCGUAACAGCCAAGAAUUAGGACGUAUAUCGCAGCUAGUAGCGGAUUGGCAUUUAGAUAACGGAUGCAAGAUUCCGGAAACACAGCUGCAAGACAUCUUUGGUGCCGCAUAUGUUGAAGAGCUCAGCCCCCAGAAGCUUUUGAAGCUCGAGACCCAAAAUAGGGAGGAGAGAGAAAAUGAACCAUCGCUCGGUGGAUAUUCAUUAAUAGCCGAUUGGGAAAAUGCAGCGCGCAUACGGGAGGUACUGAAACACUUGAGAUCCACGUAG